AUGGGUGGCAGUCAGAGCAUUGAAGUGCCCGGUGGUGGCACUGAAGGCUACCAUGUUUUGAGGGUUCAGGACCACUCGCCCGGAUAUAAGGCGGGACUGGAGGCCUACUUCGACUUCAUUAUAGCCAUCGGAAACACACGAUUGAAUCAGGAUAAUGACGCUCUCAAAGAGAUCCUUAAGACGAGUAUCGAUAAACCUCUGAAGAUGACGGUGUAUAACAGCAAAACGCAAACUGUUAGGGAAGUGGAGUUGACUCCGAGUGCCAAAUGGGGCGGACAGGGGUUGUUGGGGGUGUCCAUCAGAUUCUGUUCGUUCGAAGGCGCCAACGAACACGUCUGGCACGUCCUCCAAGUCGAGGCCAACUCUCCCGCA